UAUGGCGGAAGUGGUUGGGAGCUAAGGGCCCCCGAGGGGGCGGUUCCCAUUCCCACCUCGGAGCCGGAUGUUUGCCGAGCUUUGACAGGCGUGGCAAAGGGAGCAUUACCCGAACGCGGCUUCAUCCACCCUCUGACUAGCAGAUAAACAUCUGGGCUCAGAAGGCAACAGAAGCAGGUACUUACUGUGUACAAAAAGAUUCCCUUGGGUAGGUGUGAGGCUUCUCUUCUGGUUCUCCUUAGCCAUGGAUCCUCUCUCAGAACUGCAAGAUGACCUGACCCUGGAUGAUACCAGCCAAGCCCUGAACCAGUUGAAGCUGGCCUCUAUUGAUGAGAAGAACUGGCCUUCUGAUGAAAUGCCAGACUUUCCCAAGUCAGAUGACUCCAAAAGCAGCUCUCCAGAACCUGUCACACACCUGAAGUGGGAUGACCCUUACUACGACAUUGCCAGGCACCAGAUUGUGGAAGUAGCAGACUGUGGCGAGCCUGAGGGGGCCCAGCCAGGUGAUGAUAAGUACGGGCGGAAGAUAAUUGUAUUUAGUGCUUGCCGGAUGCCCCCCAGCCACCAGCUGGACCACAGCAAGCUCUUGGGGUACUUGAAACACACACUGGACCAGUAUGUGGAAAGUGACUACACACUCCUGUACCUGCACCAUGGCCUGACCAGUGACAACAAGCCCUCCCUCAGCUGGCUACGGGAUGCCUACCGAGAGUUUGACCGCAAGUACAAGAAGAACAUCAAGGCUCUGUACAUUGUGCACCCAACCAUGUUCAUCAAAACUCUGCUUAUCCUCUUUAAGCCCCUCAUCAGUUUCAAGUUUGGACGGAAGAUCUUCUAUGUGAAUUACCUGAGUGAGUUAAGCGAGCACGUGAAGCUGGAGCAGUUGGGGAUCCCUCGCCAAGUGCUCAAGUAUGAUGACUUCCUCAAGUCCACCCAGAAGAGCCCUGCAACAGCUCCCAAGCCCAUGCCACCACGGCCCCCCCUGCCUAAUCAGCAGUUUGGGGUCUCGUUACAGCACCUCCGGGAGAAAAACCCGAACCAGGAGCCCAUCCCCAUUGUGCUCAGGGAGACAGUCGCCUACUUGCAGGCUCACGCUCUCACCGCCGAGGGCAUCUUCCGGAGGUCUGCCAACACCCAGGUAGUAAGAGAAGUGCAGCAGAAAUACAAUAUGGGGCUGCCAGUGGACUUUGACCAGUACAAUGAGCUGCACCUGCCAGCCGUCAUACUCAAGACCUUCCUUCGGGAGCUUCCUGAACCCUUGCUAACCUUUGACCUCUACCCCCACAUUGUGGGCUUCCUCGAUCUUGAUGACGACCAGAGAGUGGAGGUAACACAGCAGGUUCUCCAAACUCUGCCAGAGGAGAACUACCGGGUGCUUCACUUCCUGACUGCCUUCCUUGUACAGGUAUCUGCCCACUCUUACCAGAACAGGAUGAAUAACACUAACCUGGCUGUGGUCUUCGGCCCUAACCUGCUGUGGGCUAAGGAUGCUGCCAUCACCCUCAAGGCCAUUAAUCCCAUCAACACCUUCACUAAAUUCCUCCUGGAUCAUCAAGGGGAAUUGUUCCCCAGCACAGAUGCCCAGGGGGUCUGAGCUCAGCCCCCACCUCCAGCCCCUUCUCUGGCAGCUCCAGUUGGACUUGUCCUCCUGGUAUCAACCUUAUUGGAGCUUCUGCCUAGGAAGGGACCCUGAAGCCCCUCCCAGGAGAUGGAAGUUGGAGCCCACUAACUGGGCAGCCCCUCCUCUCCCUCUGUCCAUCCCACCUUACUGGCCCUGGAGGCCUGUUACCCUAAGACAUUUUCUUUGCCUUACACUUCUCACUGCCUCUUUGGUUGCUGGGCUUGACUCUUCCAGGAUUCAGCCCAAGUAAUCCUUUUCUUUUUUUCCUGCCUGUUUCCCUGGCAACUGUAGAAGACUACAUCACUGCCAGCUGUGCUGGUAGCUGGGGCUGGUCCUCUCUUGCCUGACUGCUAGGAAGUGAGUGUUGACCUGGGUGCAAGUUCCCCGUGCCUGCCCUCCCAACUAGUAGGGAUGACCAGAGUUGGCCUGUCACUUCUGCCUCCAGGGUCUGUUCCUCCCCAAGUGGUACUGCCCCCAGAGUGUCCUGUCCCCUCAUUUCUGCCACACUUGGCACCUUGGAUAUCUAUCAAGACUCAGAAUCUGAGUCCCUAUUGAAAUGGUCCUGUCCACUCCCAGGGAGAGCCAUAGUGUCUGGUGGGAUCAGUUCCAGCAGUCCUGGCCCUCCAUGCCUUCCCUUCAUUCUCACGUGCACAGACCUUCAGCCAAAGGCUGCACAGUAGAUCUUUCUGGUGUGGAGUCACUCUAAUCCCUGUUCUGGCCAGGGAUUCUAAUGCCUCAGGAUCCAUGGUAGCUCUCACCUCCUGCCUGGGGACUCUUGGAGAGUCAGGAGCUCAGAAGCCCCUAAGAUUGUCAGAUGUUUUACUAAUAGAUCACCCCUGCUGGAUAGGUUCUAGCAAUUCCCUUAGGGGAGUGUGGUGGCCAUAGGCCCUCUUGACUUUCAGAAAGCCUGAACCCCAGUGAUGAUUGAUAACUUUCACUCUAUUCCUAGUGAAGCCUUGUGACCCUCUUCCUGAAGUCUGUCCCCUAAUGACAGGGAGCUAGCUGCAGUGACCCUGCCCUACAGGUGUGGCCAGGCACGCCAGCUGGAGAGGCGGUACUGGGUACUGUGGGAUCUGCACUGAUGACCUUGCAGAGGAGGCUCUUUGCUGCACCACUGUUGUGUCAGGUGCUUCAAGUGCUGCUGUCAGUCCCCGGCCUUACACCUGCCCAGCCUGGGCCUUUGCUUCUGUCCACACUCUGGUAUCGAGUGUUGCUACACUCCAGUUACUGAGGGGCCUUCUGGACCUCUUUUGUCUUUCUCUUGCCCCUGCCCUGUCAGUCUGAGGCUGGGGGUGCUUUUACUGUGAAUCCAGUGUUCACAUUUACCACAAUUUCCUUGGCACCAAUCAUGUAUUUUACCGUUUGCACUUUUUGUAUUUCAAUAAAAAUGUAAAUGAAAAAUGCC